AUGACAACACUUCAAGAUGAUAAUUCAUUAGUUACAAGUCAAAGAGCUGAAUAUUAUCCUAAUUCAAAAGCACCAAAUUAUAACCCACCAACAGCCCAAAAUUUUAGUCAAAAUCUCAUUUCUCAAGAAUCUGGAACUGUUCCUAUUGAACAGUCUCAACAAACUUAUUUUGCUAAAACUUAUGUUCCUCCAAAUCAAUACAUUUCACAAUAUAUGUCAGAACAACCACAAAAUGAAGUUCAAAUAAAUAACCAAAUACCUCCUAAUGCUAUGAAUGUUCAGUCAUUACCUCCUUAUUUAACACAACCAACUCAAAUGAACCAAGAGACUACUAUUCCAGUUCCAUAUAUUCAACAACCAUCUUAUAAUCAAAACCAAUUUGUUGUACCAACACAAUAUGAAGAGCCUAAUGUUGUUAAUGAUUUUGAUCAAUCAGAUAAUCUGAGGGAAAAGAAAUAUGCACGUUUAACUAUUACUUUUGCUAUAUUAGGAAUUUUCAUGUCACCACUCUUUAUUCUUUCCUUCUUAUUUUCAAGAAAAUCAAAGAGAAAGUCUAUUAGAGUAAUUGGCAAUAUGGCUCUUUUAUGUUUUGAUAUUCUCUUAUUAGUAUUUGUCUUCUGGAUCUUUACGUCUUAUUAA